AUGAAUGGAACAAGGACCACUGACCAUAGUUGUUGGUACCAGGCCUUGUCCCUGCUGUCUGCUGACUUUAAUGGCAGUGCACGCUUGGAGGUUUGCUGUGAACGAGCUGUGGUCCAUGACCUGCUUGCCAACGUAAUGCCUGGGGGGUGUCAUGGCCAGAUCUGCAGGACAUGUUGGAAUAGACUAGAUGUACAACAGCGCUGCAUGCAAACAUCGAGAAGAUAUGGAUGUAGUGCCAGCAGCCUUGACGACAUAUUGCUUGUCCUUGUUCUCAAUGCCAGCUGGCAACAGGUGCCCUGGUCAGCACGUGGCAGUUUGAUACUUCCAGCAUCUCUGCCAUUGGGAUGUGAACCACAGCUAUCUCUUGGCAUGAUUACUUGCAGUUUUCAGUUGAUCAGUGGUUUUGCCUGUCGGCAUGUGUUGCCAGGACAGUUGAACAGUGUGCAACUCACCAUAUUGACCAUACCACAUCGUUGUGCAGACCGCUGA